AUGGUCAAGACAUCCGUCCUCAACGACGCUCUUAAGAGCAUCAACAAUGCCGAGAAGGCCGGCAAGCGCCAGGUCAUGAUCCGACCCAGCUCCAAGGUCAUCAUCAAGUUCCUGUCUGUCAUGCAGAAGCACGGCUACAUCGGCGAAUUCGAAGAGGUCGACGACCACCGCAGCGGCAAAGUUGUUAUCCAACUCAAUGGCCGUCUCAACAAGACCGGAGUCAUCUCCCCUCGAUACAACGUCCAACUCCGUGACCUCGAGAAGUGGGUUGUGAAGCUGCUGCCAUCCCGUCAGUUCGGCUACAUUGUUCUCACUACCAGCGCGGGUAUCAUGGACCACGAAGAGGCCCGACGGAAGCAUGUCUCUGGAAAGAUCAUCGGCUUCUUCUACUAG